AUGCCUCCCAAAACUGUUGUUCUCGAUCCACUUCUAUCCUUGAUGACUCCCACCACACCAACUGCAACGACUCGAACGACACCAACAACUCGGCCCGAUCCCAACGCAACCCCAACAGCCUUGGUGACUCAACCCGCUCCUUCAACAGAGGCACACAACGAAAACGAUGAAGCCCCAAAGAAAAAGGCGCCAAAGUGGACUACUGAAGAGGAUAAGCAGCUUUGUGCUGCAUGGUUGAAUACGAGCCGCAAUAGUAUUGUCGGGAACGGUCAGAAAGCGGGAACCUUUUGGGAACGAGUGCACCAGCUCUACACCGAUUUGGUUGUGGAUUUCAACAAGGACAACAAACACUCAAAAACUCAGAAACCUCUACCUGUUUGA